AUGGGUCUCAUUGUGUCUGUUUGGUUUAACGCCAGGACAACUAGAAAACCCCCAUCCCCAUCAGCCUUUUUUCUGCUGGCUGUCCCGACCUCUUCCCGUCUCGCCCUCGCCCUCGCCGCCUCCCCAGCAUCUCCAGUAGACAGAGAAUCGCGCUGGAGCUCACACUGCUGCUCCCCUCACCUCGUGCUGUCACCAUGCAAACGGGAAGUGACACGAACGCCCACUGAGAUGAGCAGUGAUGGAGUGAGGGCUGAGGUGGGUGUGAAGAGUGGGCUUCACCUGUGGGAGUUAUUAUGGAGCCCCGGACACAGAGGAAGUCACGCAGUCAUAGGAGUUUCCGCGCUGGACUGUCCCCUCCAGGCCUCAGGUUACAGCGUGCUCGUGGGAGGAGACUCCCAGUCUUGGGGGUGGGAGCUUGUGAGCAAUCAGCUUUGGCAUUCUGGGAAAAUGCUGGAGCAUUAUCCAGGUAAAGAGAAGAGGAACCCCUCUAAGAAUGCAGACAGCUUAGGACCAGAACUUUUCUCUUCAUCAAACAGGAAGGAAUCAGAAGCGCCUUUGCUCAUUCCUGAACGCAUCCUGCUGGUCUUGGACGCUGACGCAGGAACUCUGGGAUUUGUUGUUGAUGAGAACUUCCUUGGUGUAGCUUUUAAGGAUCUCCCUCGUGGGGUGGAACUGUUUCCAGCAGUAAGCAGCGUGAGAGGAGGAGCCCGCAUACAACUACGUUAUCUGAACGGCAGCACAUGUGAACCCCCACCCCUGAUGGCAUUAUGUGGACUUUCUAUUCGCAGAGUUUUAGGAAAACAAGAGCAAACCCAUGUGGAGAAACUGCCUUUACCACCCUAUCUCCAGCAUCAUCUGUUACAUUCGUACUAA